GAUGGGUGCGCACGCGCAUCGAGGCUGGUACGGUGGUCCGGCCUAGUCGCAGUAGCCAUGGGGUCGUGGUCCGAGACGAUCGUGUUCUUGCUCGUAGCUGUAUAUAUUGUGACUAGCUCACCGCUUAUUAAGGAAAAGGAGCCAGGAGCAGAUUGGCCUAAACGUAACUCUGUUAAACAGCCAUGGGCUGACCAAAACACAACAGACAAAGUUGUCGAAGCAACACCUACGGAGAAAGACGUUAUUGAUGACAUAUUAGGCGAAGAAGUACCUACUGAACUUUCAGACAUCAUCCUUAAAGCAGCUGACCUUACCAAGAAUGACGUAGAAAAAGUUGACUACACUGGUGCACAAGUUUGGAAAGUUGCUACGAAUAAAACCAACAUCCGUGUCAUUAUUUCCAGACUACACCGAAGAAAUUUACUUUCAACCUGGGGAGGCAGUCAAUCCUCUAUCGAUGUCCUUGUCAAACCAAACGCACUGCAAAAUGUAACGCGCGUCUUCAAAAGAGAAAACAUUUAUUUUGACGUUGUCAUCGACGACUUGCAACAAAGGAUCAAUGAGGAAAAUCCUCCCCUCGAUCAAAACGAGUUAGAGUUGCAAGACCGACGAGGGCACCGAAUGACAUGGAAACAAUACCACAGGCUAAUAGAUAUCCACGGGUUCAUGGACUAUUUGGCCAAAACAUAUCCUUCAAUUGUCAGUGUUAAGACGAUUGGAAAAUCAUUCGAGAAGCGCGAUCUGAAGGUACUACGCAUAUCUGAUGGGAAGCCGACGAACAAAGCUGUUUUCAUCGACGGAGGUUUUCACGCCAGGGAAUGGAUCAGCCCAGCGACUGUUACGUUUUUCAUCAACCAAUUCGCUGAAAACUUUGACGUUGAAUCCGAUGAUGUUAAGAAUAUUGACUGGUAUUUCCUGCCGGUAGUGAAUCCCGAUGGCUACGAAUACACGCACAAUGUGGAUCGUCUCUGGAGGAAGAACAGGAGACCUGGUAUUCCUGGUAGGGCGUGUCUGGGCACUGAUCUAAAUAGGAAUUUCGGCUAUCGAUGGGGCGGCAAAGGAGCAUCGAAUAAUCCUUGCAGUGAGAUCUAUAGAGGCAGCAGAGCCUUCUCGGAACCAGAAUCUAAAGCUUUAUCUGAUUUCAUAAAAUCAAGCGGAGCGAAUUUCACGGCGUAUCUAACAUAUCACAGCUACGGGCAGUACAUAUUGUACCCCUGGGGCUACGACAACGCGGUGCCGCCAGAUUACCAGGAUCUCGACAGUGUCGGUAAAAACGUAGCACAGACUAUCCAACAAACCGGUGGCUCAGAAUACAGUGUAGGAUCAUCAAGUGGUCUCCUCUACCCGGCAGCAGGAGGGUCUGAUGAUUGGGCUAAAUCACAAGGCAUUAAAUAUACAUACACUAUAGAACUUAGUGAUACUGGAAGAUUUGGUUUUGUUUUACCCACUACGUACAUUGAACCUGUUGCAAGGGAAAAUUUAGCUGGACUUAGAGUACUGGCUAAGCAAGUACAUAAAACAUAAAAGAAAGUGUUGUUGUGUUUGAAAGUAGUAUAAGUUAUUUAAUGUGUAGUCGUAAAUAGAAUACAGAACAAGAUAUUUA